GGCGGAAGAUCCUGUGCUUUUAUUCCCCUUCUUUUUUUAUUACUCAAUGGGUUCGCCCAAGCAAAAGCAGCAAGAUAGCCACCACCAGGAAGGUGGCUUUAUCUUCUGAGGAAACUAGUGAUAUUUUAACGGAGUGAUAAUCAAAGAAAGACCGGAUGGCGAAAGUUAUUGGAGAAAGCUGCUAAGUAAGUUGCAGACACCUGCGUAAAGGACAACCUCCAUAAUAGCUGCCCGUCCAAGGGUCUCGACUCCGGGGUUUUUACGUCGAGAUGUCAGCAUUCUCCGAGGCAGCAUUGGAGAAGAAACUGUCCGAGCUGAGCAACUCUCAGCAGAGCGUGCAGACACUGUCCCUGUGGCUCAUCCAUCACAGAAAACACUCGAAGACUGUAGUCAACGUGUGGUUCAACGAAUUGAAAAAAGCUCGGGUGUCGCGGAAGCUGACCUUCCUUUAUUUGGCCAAUGACGUCAUUCAAAACAGCAAGAAAAAAGGCCCAGAAUUCACCCUGGACUUUGCACCAGUCAUCGUAGAUGCUUUUAAACACGUAUACAGAGAAGGGGACGAUGUUUGUAGAAAACAGUUGGGUCGAGUUUUAUCCAUCUGGCAGGAGAGGGCUGUUUAUGAACCCCACCUGCUGGAUCAGCUCUCCCAAGUCCUGUAUGGUGAAGCAAAAUCAAAGAAAAGGUCGUAUGAAGAAAUCCACCCUGAUGAUGAGGGCUUUUCUUCCCACAGCUCUCCCGCUGAAUCCCCACAGACUGCAGAGUUAAUUCGAGCUCUGCAGGAGCUAGAGAACGCAGCCUCCAGUGACUUGGUGUUGCGUCAGCGCAUCUCCUCCCUCCCCGAUGAGGUGCAGGAUACAUCACUCCUUCACAGGAUCACAGAUAAAGAAUCCGGAGAGCGGCUUUCCCGGCUGGUGGAGGAGGCCUGCAUGUUGCUGGCAGACUACAGCGGCCGCUUGGCAGCAGAGAUUGACGACAGGAGACAACUGACGCGCACGCUAGCGGUCUUCCUGCAGAGCCAGAAGGACGGUUUGGCCCAGAACGAGCAGAAACUAGAAGAAUACAAGCGCAAACUGGCGAGGGUGACGCAGGUGCGCAAGGAGCUGCGAUCACGCCUCAGCAAUCUUCCUGAAAGACUCUAGAACUCCUGGAACUGCAUCUCCUCACCUUGUUGCCAUGUUGCUACUAAAACAGCUGAACUUCUGUGAUGGUGUGCAGUGAUUUGUGGUCUUCUGUUCUGGCUACGUUAUUUUCCACAUGAUGGUCUAUAAAUUCCCUUAAAACAAAGAGAGAACAGAGUAAACAAAUACCUGACUGCUUUGAUUUUUAGUCUUUUUUAUUGAUUUAUUCGUUUACAAAAGUUGUGUCAUCUGGCUGUGUACGUUAAAAGAAAGCUUCAAAAUAGACUACUUCCAUUUUUGUGUUUUUGAUUUGUUGUAAUUUGUAUUUCUGUUGUGACAUGUUUUUAUUUUUCUAAAUACAUUGCUUACUUUUUAUUUUGUUGGUUGUUGAGCUCUUAAGGUGCAUGUUUAAAAGCAGGAUCAUCCAGUAUAAGAGGAAAAAAAAGGAAAUAGAGAAAUUCAAUACUGUCCUAGCGAACAUGAUUAUUAUUUUGCAUCCAUAAAGAAUUGUGAGUUUGUUUUUUGUCCGGCGUGUACAUAUACAGAUUUACAUGUAAAUGUGGUUGAGUAGGCUGCCUAUAGGUGCUCUUGAUUAGACUUCUUGCAAUGUCUCACUAUAGUUUUGUCUACAUGCAGUGCUCGGACACAGAUGAGCAUGACAAGUGUGUUUUCUUGUUUGCUCUUUUUCCUCAUAACUUCAAAUUUGGCAGCCAUGCAGAUUCUUUACAGAGUUUGAAAAGAGCACUCGUUUUCAAAAGCUUCAUUCUGUAAGAACAAUCGUUUGUUUCGAUAAAAUGAAGCCAAUGCUUUUUAGAAACCAAAUAAAUAGAGACUAUUCAAGUGUU